UCGUCAUAUCCGUCAUAUGCUCUUUCAGGAAGUUAUCAGUUGAACACAUUACACACAUUUGUAUCCUUGUAGCAUCUGUCUGGUUCACACACUCUCUGCUGAAUAUUAUUCCCAUAACUAAUAAUGAGAAUUGAACUAUCGAUGACAGAGUUCUGCACUUUGAAGCAAAGCUGAGUGUUGUCUGUCUGGUCAACGUGAAGUUUGGCGAGAUGUGGCUCUACGGGCUUUUGCUACUUUCCCUUUCCUUCUGGACGUCCCAUUCAGUGUUUAAAAUACCUUUAAAAAUGUUUGCGGGGAAAUUCAACGCGUCUGUGCAGCUGGACCUCAAGCCUUUGCGAAAGACUGAAAGCGCAGUGGAGAGCGGACUUUCCCUGGCUUCGGAUCCAGCUGGGAUUGUCAACUUUCUGGACAUGAUCAAUAAUUUAAAAGGAGACUCUGGUAGGGGAUAUUACAUGCAGAUGGUCAUUGGGACGCCUGGGCAAACGUUGAACAUCCUGGUUGAUACUGGAAGCAGCAACUUUGCUGUAGCUGCAGCAGCACAUCCCUACAUCAUACACUACUUUAACAGAGCACUUUCCAGUACAUAUCAGAGCUCCGGGAGUGGAGUUGCAGUAAAAUACACACAGGGAGAAUGGGAGGGGGAACUGGGAACUGACCGGAUCACCAUUCCUCAAGGGCCCAGUGGUACCAUCACUAUCAACAUAGCCGCAAUCAUCUCCUCAGAAGGCUUCUUUCUGCCUGGAAUCAACUGGCAGGGAAUUCUUGGACUUGCAUAUCCUUUGCUGGCUCGGCCUGACCCAUCAGUGGAGCCCUUCUUUAACUCUGUUGUGAGACAGACCAGCAUUCCAGAUGUGUUUUCUCUCCAGAUGUGUGGAGCUGGAGUGUCUGCCAGCACUACAGCUGACCCGGCGGGUGGCAGUCUGAUCAUGGGAGGAGUUGAGCCAACGUUGUUCCGAGGUUUAGUUUGGUACACACCAGUCCUAGAAGAAUGGUACUAUCAAGUGGAAGUCUUGAAGCUUGAAGUUGGAGCCCAAAAUUUAAACCUAGACUGCAAAGAGUACAACUCGGAUAAAGCCAUUGUGGAUAGUGGGACGACUUUACUUCGACUUCCUGGAAUUGUGUUUAGUGCUGUGGUGGAGGCCAUUAUGCAAUCAUCGCUGAUUGAGGAUUUCUCGGCUGGAUUUUUUGAUGGCACCAAGCUUGCAUGUUGGAUGAGAGGCGAAUCACCAUGGAGGCUUUUUCCGAAAAUCUCAAUCUACCUCAGAGCAAUGAACACCAGCCAGUCCUUCCGCAUCACCAUUCUUCCACAGCUAUACAUCCAGCCAGUCACCAGUAUUGAUGGCACAUUGGACUGUUUCCGUUUCGGAAUCUCCCAGUCAGCAAACGGCUUAGUCAUUGGAGCCACAGUAAUGGAGGGCUUCUACGUCAUCUUUGACCGUGCACAAAAAAGGGUGGGCUUUGCUGUUAGCACUUGUGCAGAAAACGGUGGUGUGCCAUUUGCAGAGAUCGCCGGGCCCUUCCUAGCUGAGGACACUACGUCAGACUGUACAAGUGGCAUGUCUCUUAGGGAGCCGGUGAUGUGGGUGAUGGCGUACGGUUUGAUGGGCAUAUGUGCCUUGGUUCUGAUCGUACUCCUCAUUUUGCUCAUACUGCCUUGCCGACGGAGCAGAGACGGUGAGAUUACAGAUGAGUCCUCGCUGGUGCGGCAUCGCAUCAAGUGACGUCAGGCGUCAAUGGAAGAUGAGGAGGCACCAAAUCAGCAAAACAGGGCUGAAGGGAACUCAGAGCAGGUAACGGGGGUGUACACACCACACUGAGCUCUGGUGCAAUUUCUGCCAGAUCACAUUUAUUCCUGUUUGUCUGGGUGGAAGAUGUUGGGAUUUGGACAUUUGUUGACUUGUGGACUGAACUUGAAGAGGAUAAAACUACUGAAGAAUGAAGGAAUCAUGAUUAUACAUGUGAUUUAAAAAAAGAAUAUAUAAAUAUAUAUAAUAAAAGUGCCAAAAUAUGAGUGUCAGUAUGACAUUGAAGUGGAUUAAAUGUUAAUAUUGAUGCUCCAGUGUUUCCCCAAUGUAUGCUGCCCUUUUUAUAGUCGUCAAUGAAAUAGUGUUAAUAAAACUACUGGAAAUCAACAAUGGGCUCACAGGGGCCUAAAUGAGGUUUAUGGUUCAAUGAAGUAAGUUUAUUUACUGUUCUUAUGUAGAGACUAAGGCUUCCUUUUAGUUGUCCCUACUAGCAGUGCACUGAAAGGAAUAAUUCACCCAAAAAAGAAGUUUGUCAUAUUCCUCUAUGCAGUUCCAAACGUGUAAAAUACGAAUUAUUCACAGAGCAUGCUCUUGAAUGUACAGUACAAUGAAAGCAUUGGGGACGGAUGAUAUUGUAUGGCUUCAGAAGACUUGUAAUGUAGCACAGAAGCUGUAUGAACUACGAUUAUAUAUAUAUAUUUUUUUUCAUAAAGCAGUUUUCUGAUGUGACCUGUAUUCAGGAACUUCUGACGAAAACGAACAAUGCACAAUAAAAUAAUAAACCUGAUUUCACAUGUCACUGGGCAAAGACUGCAGGAGAGUUCAUUGUUCCUUCCACUUAAAGUUCACUCAGACAGUCUGUAUGACACAUUUAUAGUAUACUGUGUGAAUUAAUUGGGCCUCAUUCAGUAAGUGUGCGUACAAGCAAAUGAGUGCGUGAAAACUCCAUACAGACUUCUUCACGAACAAAUGAUUCACCAAAAAAUGGUUCUCUGAAUAACAAUGCAGACAUGUAUGUACAGGUGGCUAAUCAGAGGUCUGUAAACUGGGUUUAUAUGAAAGGUGUUAAUUGAGUUUCGAGGUCUGUGCAAUUGGUAUUGCUCAAGGAUCUGUUGAGAGAGUGUUUGGAGAGAGCGGCAUAAGUUUGACGAGUAAUGAAAGGCUGUAAAGGAAAGUUAUUGCGUAAGGCCCUUAUAUGGAGAUGCUUUGGGCAUGUUUUAUGAAAAUGACUAACUUUAUGUUCACAGCUGCUCAUUUUGAAUACUCCAAAUUCACUAACAUUAGAAAGAGGUUAAGAACGAAUUGUUGUGCAUGCACAUGUUUUGUGAAUUAAGUGGAAAGUUUUCCUGAGAAGUUCGAAAUGGCAUAUAAUUAUGAUUAAGCUACGCAAUUAUUAGUGAAAUAGACCAAUUGUUUCACUCCAUUAUGUUUGGUAUCAUUUUAAAUGUGUCUGUGUGAUUGGUACAAUGAUGUCUUUCUUAUAAGAUCAGAUCAAAAUAAUAAAGAUUUAAAAAAAUUGGGAAACUCUUCUCUGCUUUGAAGUCUGUGUAAUAUCUACCUUUUAUUAAAAAUAAAAUUUUGCCCUAGA